UCCCAAACGAUCACUCCCAAAGCAAAUCCCAGAAAAACUUUUCCAACUACACCAUGAGAAAAGCUCCAAUCUCAUAUCUCUCACACAUCUCUCGUCAUAAGCCACAGUCCUUUGCCCCUUUUCUUUCCAGAAAUUACAUUUCUGACCCCUCUUCUCCUCCUCCUCCUUCUUCUUCUUCUUCUUCUUCUUCACCAUUAGUCUCACACACCCAUCUCAAGCCCUGCGCCAAAACCCAUGUCUUAUUCUUCAAACCCAACCAAUUUAGAAAAAACCCAUUUCGAAAUAUGGACACUCUUGUUGAGAGACCAACCCAAUUGUCCUCUAGGCAGAGAAAAGUCAAUCAAAAAGCUGAGCUUGAAGAGGCUUUUGAGUCUGCAAAAACCACUGAGGAAAUGCUCAAGGCUUUUAAGGACAUGGAGUCAGCUUUUGAUGAGGGAGAGCUUGGGUUGGCUUCCUUGAAACUUGGCCUCAAAUUUGACCAAGAAGGUGAGGACCCUGAAAAGACUCUAUCUUUCGCUAGUAGAGCUUUGAAAGCUUUGGAUAAAGAUGAUAAACCUUCUUUACUUGUAGCCAUGACUUUGCAAUUGAUGGGUUCUGCUAAUUAUAACUUGAAAAGGUUUAAUGAUAGUUUGGGGUACCUUAAUAGGGCUAAUAGGUUGUUGGGUAGGCUGGAGGAAGAGGGUUUUAGUGGUGAGGAUGUUAUGCCGGUGCUUCAUGCAGUGCAGCUUGAGUUGGCCAAUGUGAAGACGGCAAUGGGGAGGAGAGAGGAGGCUCUUGGGAAUCUUAGGAAGUGUUUAGAGAUUAAGGAGGCGACUUUUGAGAAAGAUAGUAGGGAAUUGGGUAAAUCACACCGGGAUUUGGCAGAAGCAUACGUUGCAGUUUUGAACUUUAAGGAGGCUUUGCCAUAUUGCAUGAAGGCGUUGGAGAUACAUAAGAAGCAAUUGGGACAGAAUUCGGUGGAGGUUGCACAUGAUAGGAGGCUUCUUGGGAUUAUUUAUACUGGGUUGGAGGAGCAUAAGAUGGCUUUGGAGCAGAAUCAGUUGUCACAAAAGGUUUUGAAGAAUUGGGGUCUUAGUUCUGAUUUACUCCGUGCCAAGAUUGAUGCUGCUAAUAUGGAGAUUGCACUGGGGAAGUAUGACUCUGCAAUUGAGUCUUUGAAGGGCGUUGUUCAGGAGAUGGAUAAGGGUAGUGAAACUCGGGCAAUGGUGUUUAUCUCAAUGGCAAAAGCGAUGUGUCAUCAGGAAAAGUUUGCAGACUCGAAAAGGUGUUUGGAGAUUGCUUGUGGAAUUCUUGACAAGAAAGAGACGACAUCUCCAGUGGAAGUUGCUGAGGCAUACUCGGAGAUAUCGAUGCAAUAUGAAACUAUGAAUGAGUUUGAAACUGCAAUUUCAUUGUUAAAGAGAACAUUGGCUAUGCUUGAGAGGCUUCCACAAGAACAGCACUCUGAAGGAAGUGUUUCUGCAAGAAUAGGAUGGUUGCUUUUGCUGACAGGCAAGGUGCAACAGGCUAUUCCUUACUUGGAGAGUGCAGCGGAAAGGUUGAAGGAAAGCUUUGGUUCCAAGCAUUUUGGCGUGGGUUAUAUCUACAACAAUUUGGGGGCAGCAUAUUUGGAGUUAGAUAGACCUCAGUCAGCUGCACAGAUGUUUGCCGUUGCAAAGGACAUCAUGGAUGUAUCACUUGGUCCUCAUCAUGCAGAUUCGAUUGAGGCAUGUCAGAACCUUUCAAAAGCUUAUGCUGCCACUGGAAGCUAUGCUUUUGCAAUAGAAUUCCAGCAGCAGGUUAUUGAUGCUUGGGAAAGCCAUGGCUCCAGUGCAGAAGAUGAAUUCAAAGAAGCCCAUCGACUUCUUGAACAACUAAAGAAAAAAGCCCGAGGUGCAUCCCCGAACAAUCAUCCUGUAAAGGCCUUGCCCUUACCUCACACUAUUGUCUCUUCUAGGAGCUCAGAAACUGAUAUUCCUGUUAGUCAAAAUCUAUCCAGCACAAAUUAGAGACUCCUUUCCUAAACUGAUCUUUUACGUAAUCUAGCACAUUGUUGCACGGUAUUACCUUUUUUUUUUUUUUACUGAGCAUUAUCCCCUAAUUUUUGAGGGGCCAGUUGUUGCUUUUUGAUAUACUCAAAAGUAUGUAUGUAGCUAGUGAUUUAAGCCACACAAUUUUGCUAUUUUUGAAACCUGUUGUUGUGCCUAUAUGUAGCGUACUUAGUGAUUUUUGUUACCUAAAUUUGAAAGUAUACUAUUUUUUUUUUCA